CAAGGGGGAUCCCUGGAAGGCGCUGGGUGGCACAACUUCAUGACCUUCAAAGCAAGUGGCAGAGCAGAGCUAGCUUACAAUGACAUCAAAUCGCAGAGCGUUCCACAUGGAUUGAAAAGGGACGCGAAAAGGGGCCGCGCAGCAAGGGCGCCACUCCUGGUCAGCUUGCAAUAGUAGCAGGUGUCAGGAGCUGCUUUUUGAUAUUUAGCUGGAGCACAGUUUGCGCAAACGGAUACUGGUCCUCACAGGGCUGCCUGUCAUUCCAAUCACGUCACACUGCAGCCUCAGGGGAGUCUGCCUUUUCUGGCUGUCUCGAAAUCUCAGAAACAUGUACCUGAUCGACGAGUCCUAGAAUGUUGCCGCUGCCUGGCGCUCCUAUGCAGACCUGCUCCAAGGCCUUACAGCACAUGCUACAUUUACACGGCUGCUGACUGCAGCUCGCAAGCAAACGUCGCUCGUGAAUGUGCCCUGUCAAGACUUUGCAAUAGCUGCUUACGGUCAGUCCGGCCCUCCACUUCACCUCUCUGACGAGCACAGUCAAAAAUGGAGGGUGAGCAUCAAGACAGCACAAUGCAGGGCGGAACUCCAAUGGCUGCCUCAAGCAGUGAUGCUGAGGCCAUUCUGACGAUCAAAUCCUUGCGUUCAAAGGUCACUGCAUGGGUGAGAUUCACAAACAUGACAAAGGACUACGUGAGCAUUUUCUGGCUAAACUACGGGGGAGAGAAGAUCUUAUAUCACAAUCUGAAGCCUCAAAGCAAGUCCUACUGGCAGCACACAUUUGAGUCACAUCCCUGGAUAGCAUGCAAGUUCACCACAGGAGAGCUGCUCGCAAUUGACAAGCGACUGGUCCACAUUCCCACAGGUUCGGCUCCCCAGAAGGUCGACAUCCAAGAACCGGCCAGUCUGCCCUGGUCGCAAGGAACACACAGUCGGUACCCCUCCUCGUUCAAGAGCACGGUUCGGACACUCCUACUUGCUCACAACCGUGCGUGGAGCCAGCAACCACAACCACAGGGUGCGCCCUCGCUCCGCCGGUCAGCGAGGCUGGCAGCCAAGCGGAUGCGCAAGGAGAGCAACCCGCUGGGCGUGAGCCUUGCAGGGCUGCCGCCCGAGCUCCUCUUCAGGAUUGUGCCCUUCAUGGCACCGGCAGGGGUGCUGGAUCUGGAGCACGUCCCCGGGGAGGAAAGCUUGCCUGGCUACGAUGCCCUCAAGAUGCCGCAAUGAUUGCGAUCGUAUGCUGCAACUGCUUUCAGUCGGAAAGGUCAAGCUUCCUGCGUGUAACAUAUGUAAAGUUCUGUACCAAAAGGUCGUCAAAAGGAGCCCGCAAAUGAACCCUAAUGGAAGCAGGAUAAGAGAGUCGAUCAGGCGGCUGGUGCCGGAGCAAGUAGCCGUCCGUCCUUACUCGUUUGAAACUUGAUCGAACAAGUACAAUUCACAAGGACUAAGGGAAGUUGUCACAUGUGGUUGCUUUUGAUACAGUAAUCAUCAACGGGCUGGCAUAGCCUGCUGUAUCAUUGAUCGAUAAACCCUCAAAUCGACUGCAAUCUACAGCUUGAUAUACCAACAACUGCAGAAGCUGACAUACUAGGUUUGGAUUAUGUAGCACACCAAGAUUCGGUAGGGUAGCUAGGCGUUCAAAAGUCGAACUUACAUGAUUACAAUGUAUGCAGGUGCAUAUAUGGAAGCCUAUGGCCCAUUUGGCUGCACGGCUUUCGAAAUCAGAACAGAUCAGAUUAAGUAACUUU